CAGUGAUUUACUAUUUGUUUUCUUGUUUUACAAAAUAAUUAAAAAUGGCCGACGAUGAAGUAUCUGCAUUAGUAGUUGAUAAUGGAUCUGGAAUGUGUAAAGCUGGAUUUGCUGGUGACGAUGCCCCAAGAGCAGUUUUUGCAAGUGUAGUUGGACGUCCCAGAUAUCAGGGAGUGAUGGUUGGGAUGGGGCAAAAAGAUUCUUACGUGGGAGAUGAAGCACAAACGAAAAGAGGAGUAUUGACUGUUAAAUACCCCAUUGAACAUGGAAUAAUAAACAACUGGGAUGACAUGGAAAAAAUUUGGCAUCAUACGUUCUACAACGAGUUGAGAAUAUGUCCCGAAGAACACCCAGUACUUCUGACAGAAGCCCCGUUAAAUCCAAAGAUAAAUAGAGAAAAGAUGACUCAAAUUAUGUUUGAAACUUUUAACUCUCCAGCUAUGUAUGUUGCGAUACAGGCAGUAUUAUCCUUAUAUGCCAGCGGAAGGACAACUGGAAUUGUUAUGGACUCGGGUGAUGGUGUAUCACAUACCGUUCCGAUUUACGAAGGUUAUGCACUUCCUCACGCCAUACUAAGAAUGGAUUUGGCUGGCAGGGAUUUAACGGAUUACCUAAUGAAAAUAUUAACAGAAAGAGGAUACAGCUUUACAACAAGUGCAGAACGUGAAAUAAUAAGAGAUCUUAAAGAGAAAAUUUGUUUUGUGGCUUUAAAUUACAAACAAGACAUAUCUUUAUCAGCCACUACGACACUUUACGAGAAAUCGUACGAGCUGCCUGAUGGGCAAAUAAUAACGUUGGGAAAUGAAAGAUUUCGUUGCCCUGAAGCGAUUUUUCAACCUUCCUUAUUGGGAAUGGAAACACCAGGAAUCCACGAGACUACUUACAAUUCAAUUAUGAGAUCCGAUAUGGACAUAAGAAAAGAUUUAUAUGCCAAUACCGUACUUUCCGGAGGUAGCACCAUGUUUCCUGGAAUCGCGGAUCGUAUUCAAAAGGAAAUCGCAGCUUUGGCACCUGCAUCAAUGAAAAUAAAAAUAAUAGCUCCACCUGAAAGAAAAUACUCGGUAUGGAUCGGAGGAAGCAUUUUAGCAAGUCUCACUACAUUUCAACAGAUGUGGAUUUCGAAACAAGAAUAUGAUGAAUCCGGCCCUGUUAUCGUGCACAGAAAAUGUUUUUAA